AUGCCAAAUAACUCCCAACACGAACAGCCGCGUCGGAAUCAGGAGUAUGGGGGUCGCUCAUAUAGACGACCCAAGCGCCAAAAUAAUCGACAGAAGCAAACAACGACUAGAGUCCGCGGCGAUAUUUGGCAGUCGGUUAGUGCGUUACAACUAGGACUACAGCCACGUUCAUUCGAAGAGCUUCAUAGGGAAAGGAUGGGCCUGCUUGAAAUGCUACAGCAACACGACCGACGGGCACUAGAUCUUUUCGGACGGGUCCCUGUCAUCGAGGAACAGAUGCAACAAUCGGAGACGACUGCUGAUGAACGGAAACGCGCGGGGAAGAAUCGUGGUUGGCUACGACAUCGUAUCGUAGAGACCGUCGAGGAAGAGAAGAGGAUACUGGCGCGGCUAAGCGAGUUGCAUGUUGAGAUACAAUGCCGUGAGAGAUGGUAUCGUGUUGAGGCGGAAAGGGAGGCUAGAAGGACUCCCGUGGGAGAAGUGGCGGAGGAGAAUCUACAGCAACAACAUCAAUCACAACAACCGAACACUGGCUACAAUGAACAACCCUUUCUUCCGCCAUUACAGCCGAUGCCGUUUUACAACCAAGCCAACACAAUGCCUUAUGACCCCUAUUAUCAUUCUCCAUACUAUAAGUUUUCUUCAAAUGACUGGACAUAUCCCGAGCAUAGUUGGGGAUAUCAAGCCCCGGUAUACCCCCAAGAUGCUUAUAGGGACCACUAUGGGGAUGAGAUGCAUGGUACACCUCUUAACGAAGAAUCAGGUGGUUCGUCUCACAGCUACUCGGACUCGAUCCAGAUAAUCACAGAAUCAAGACCAACGAAGAGAAAUAGUAUGCCUACGUUAAAUUUCACCUGGGAUGAAGGGAAUAAGGAAGAGGGUGAUGAUUACACAUAAUUUAAGCUUCACUGUAGCUUUAUCUAGUAAUGGGUCUGGGAAAAUAUUAAGGCGUUAGGACGGCGUUAGGUUAAGGAGGUACCCCUUUUUUCAUCAGGUUGUUCAUAGUAUGAA